AGGAGAUAGACGGUGGAGACGGAGGGAGAGGAAAAAAGAGUUGUGACCGGCAUCUCUCUUCCUUCGUCUUACACUCCCGCCGUUAUCAGUCGCUUAGCCGGAGGCAGCCAUCAGCCGAUAUAUUGAUUUGAGGAGCUAAAAAGGGAGGAAGCAAAUAGGGUUUUAGGCUUUAGCUGAUCGACGAAAGGAGGAAUAGAGAGAAUACGAGGUCAAACAGCAAAGACAGGGGAGUAGAAGCUCUUAGGGGUUUGCUCACACGUCUUUCUCAAUCCGCGUUUCUCAAUUUUCGGGUAUUGAUUUCUGACAUCUUUCUCGUCCUUUGUUUUCAGCGAGAGUUCAACUCUUAUAUGAUCCGUCAUGUGGUUAAAGUAGGUGAAAAAUGGAUCUCUUUCAGUUUUUAGCUGGCAUUCCUUCGUUCAAGCGCACUUUCAGUGUCGUUUGAACUAAUAAUUGUUUAGAAUGUUGUCAUACAAUUUUCAAUGCUAGAAACCUUUCUAACUGAUUUGUGGGUUUGAACUGAAUUUGCUAUUGAAUGUAGUUUGAUAAAGGGCUGAUCACUUGGUAGCUUGCUUGGCUACACUUUUGCUGCUAAAUGUGUUUGAGAUUGAGUAUAUGACAGUUCUUCCUUAAUGCACAGAAGAUUUGGCAAACCAUGAUUUGUUGGUUUGACUUUGUUUGUGGCAUCUAAUCCAUCCUUUCCUUGUCCAGUUUUUCUUUAUGUUGUUUGCUUGAAAUUUUCAGAUUAGUGUAUUAGUUGUGCAGAUACAAUUCCAAUAGUUACUAGCUAAGCAUACUUGAACGCUGUUGGGACAUUCUUUGUAGUUUACUAGUUUGACUUUCAGGUUCCUGUGGUGACUCAACUUAAGGUUCUUGCAAGUUGAUCAGCUGAUGGAGUUUGGGGUUGAUGAUGAUGAUGUCAAUGGAGAUAUAGAAGGAAAUAUUGAACUGGAUGAUGAUGGCCACGUAGGUGAUCAAAGUGAAAUUGAUGUUAACAACAUUAUAAAUGGGGGAUUUCAGCAGGACCUGUGCAAGAAAUUGGAUCCAGAGUCCCCUGAAAUAGACGAGCUCCAAGAUGGAUUUGCAGUUUCAGAUGCAGAUACUUCGGAUGAGCCAUAUGUGGGACAGGAAUUUGACUCUGAAGCAGCUGCGCAUGCAUUUUAUAAUUCUUAUGCAACAAGAGUGGGAUUCAUAAUCCGAGUGAGCAAGCUGUCUCGCUCUAGGCGGGAUGGUUCUGCCAUUGGUCGGGCGCUUGUUUGUAAUAAAGAGGGUUUUAGAAUGCCAGACAAGCGAGAAAAGAUUGUUAGACAGAGAGUGGAGACUAGGGUUGGUUGCAGGGCGAUGAUUUUGGUGAGGAGAGUAAGUUCUGGAAAGUGGAUGGUCACAAAAUUUGUGAAGGAGCAUACUCAUCCAUUGACUCCUGGAAGGAGCCGAAGAGAUUGCAUUUACGAUCAGUAUCCGAGGUCGAUUCUGAUGCCACGAGGGCGGUUUCAGAGUAGGCCAUCCCAAAUUAGGGCCUUGAGUAUCAGAUUAAGAAGGAAUGAACAUGAUAAAAUCAGGGAACUGUCUCAACAGUUGGCCACAGAGAAGAAAAGAGCCGCGACCUACAAAAGACAUCUGGAACUGAUUUUCGAACAGAUCGAAGAGCACAAUGAGUCUCUAUCGAACAAGAUCCGGCAUAUAGUAGACAGUGUGAGGGGGGUGGAGGGUGAGGGUCAGCAGUAGUAGGCUCUAUUUUUAUUACUAGUAACAAAUUUUCUGCUCUUUUUUCUUCUCUUUUUUUUGGCCCGGUAUUUUGUGUUUGCCAAGGGCAAAAUGGAUGGAACUGGUAAAGAUAGUAGAGAGGGUGCUAUGGAGAUAGUGUCAUAUUAGUGUUUCAUGUAUAGUUUGCUUUUUCGGUAGGGUCCUUAUUGAUUUGGCUAAUCUCUUUAAUAAGCAGUAAAUGGGUGGGUAGGAGAAAACAAAUGUAGUGUGUACAUUUUUGUUAUAAACUUAUAAUCCAUCCAGCUCUUCUGGUCCU